CAAAUUAAUACGUCAAAAUUAAGAACCCUAACUCAUUCUACUCAAAAUCGGUCAAAAUUGGUCAAAAUUAGGGGCUUCUUGGGUUGCAAUUUGCUGAAUUUGGAGUCAUGAGCACCGGAGAUUACCUUAACCUUCAUCCUUCUGAACUCAAAUUUCCAUUUGAGCUGAAGAAGCAGAGCUCAUGUUCCUUUCAAUUGACCAACAAGACUGAUCAGUAUAUUGCAUUCAAGGUUAAAACGACAAACCCCAAGAAAUAUUGUGUCCGUCCAAACAACGGAAUUGUGUUACCAAGAUCCGUUUGCAAUGUCACAGUUACAAUGCAGGCACAAAAAGAGGCACCACCUGACAUGCAGUGCAAAGACAAGUUUCUUUUGCAAGCUGUUGCUGCACCCGACGGCGCAACUAUUAAGGACAUAACUGCUGAUAUGUUCAACAAGGAGGAGAACAAGGUGGUCGAGGAGUUCAAGUUGAGAGUUGUAUACAUACCUGCUAAUCCUCCUUCACCGGUUCCGGAAGAAUCUGAAGAAGGUUCUUCUCCGAGGGCUGAACACGGAAGUCAGAAUUCUUCAGGGCCUGAUGUUGCAACGAGAUCUGUGGAGCCCAAGGAGAAACUCUCUAAAGAGUCGUUGUCUCUGAUAUCAAAGUUGACAGAUGAGAAGGUAGCAGCUAUUAAACAAAAUCAGAAGCUCCAACAGGAACUGGAACUAAUGAGAAGAGAAGUGGUGAAAGCGCGUUCUGGUGGUUAUUCGAUGUUAUUUAUGGUGCUGAUUGGUAUAAUAAGUUUUGUGGUCGGGUACCUUAUCAAGCAGACGUAGAAGCAGCAUCAACGGCAGAUAUGUGGACUUUCCAUUCAUUUCGAGGCAAAUUCUGGUGCAUUUUCCGUAACGAUUGUGUUUAUUUAGUCUUGUUGUAAGUGUAAAAAUUGGUUGAGUACAGUCUUAAAUAUUAAGUUUGAACUGGUUUCUCUUAAUAUAUGAUUGUCAGGUGAAACAGAUUUAUCUUUGAUUUUGGACUGUAAUCCAUUGCUUAUUUCUACUUGAAA